AUGUGUGACCGCAACGGUGGCCGGCGGCUCCGGCAGUGGCUCAUUGAGCAGAUCGACAGCAAGCUCUACCCUGGGCUCAUCUGGGAGAAUGAGGAAAAAAACAUGUUCCGCAUCCCAUGGAAACACGCUGGGAAGCAGGACUACAACCAGGAGGUGGAUGCUUCUAUUUUCAAGGCCUGGGCUGUUUUCAAAGGCAAGUUCAAAGAAGGUGACAAAGCGGAACCGGCCACAUGGAAGACGCGGCUGCGCUGCGCUUUGAACAAGAGCCCUGACUUUGAGGAGGUGACAGACAGGUCCCAGCUUGACAUCUCUGAGCCCUACAAGGUCUAUAGGAUCGUGCCAGAGGAGGAACAGAAAAGCAAAGCAGGCAUUGCCAGUGGGAGCAGCCUGAAUGAUGUGAUGGAGAUGGACUGCAAUUCCUCUGCAAUUGAUGACCUCAUCAAAGAGCCUCCCUGUGUAGAUGAAUACCUGGGGAUCAUCAAGAGAAGCCCCUCACCACCCCAGGAGACCUGCAGAAACCCCCCAAUACCUGACUGGUGGGUGCAGCAGCCCAGCCCUGCAAUGCCAUUGAUGAACGGAUACUCCAGCUAUGAGCAGCAUCAUUCAGGUUAUUCCCAGAUGGUGAUCAGCUUCUUCUACAGCGGGAGGCUGGUGGGGCACAUCACCACGUCGUGCAGUGAGGGCUGCCGGCUCUCGCUCAGCCAGCCCUCCAGCCAUGGUGAGAAGCUCUAUGCCCCGGAUGCCCUGGAGCAUGUGAGGUUCCCUUCUGCUGAUGCCAUCCAGAACGACCGCCAGAAGCAGAUCACCAAGAAGCUCUUUGGGCACUUGGAGAGGGGUGUCCUGCUGCACAGCAACAAGCAGGGCAUCUUCAUCAAGAGGCUGUGCCAGGGAAGGGUCUUCUGGAGUGGGAACACCAUGGUCUACAAGGACAGGCCCAACAAGCUGGACCGGGAUGAGGUGGUGAAGAUAUUUGAUACCAACUCAUUCUUCAGAGAGCUGCAGCAGUAUUACAACAACCAGGGCCGCUUCCCGGACAGCAGAGUCAUGCUGUGCUUUGGAGAGGAGUUCCCAGAUGCAGUGCCGCUGCGGUCUAAGCUCAUCCUUGUCCAGGUGGAGCAGCUGCGUGUCAGGCAGGUGGUGGAGGAGGCUGGGAAGAGCUGCAGCAGCAGCCCCGUGCUCCCCAUAGCUGAUGAGACGCAGCACGACCAAGUGUACAGGAUCUUCCAGGACAUCUGUGCGACACACCAGCGGCCGCUCUUCAGAGAAAACCAGCAGAUUGCUGUCUGA